UACGGCUACGUUGCGUAAUCGCAGCCAAACGAGGAAGUUAGGACGCACGAGAGAGCAGCGGCUGAAAAUGUUUACAUUCAGUUUGACGCUCGUGCGACAUGGGGAGACUCAGUACAACAAGGACAAGCUGCUGCAAGGACAAGGUGUGGACACUCACCUGUCAGACACAGGUCUGCAGCAGGCCGAGGCGGUGGGACGAUACCUGAGAGAAAUCACAUUCAACAACGUGUUUGUCAGCAACCUGCAAAGAGCCAUACAGACAGCUGAAAUCAUUCUGAGAAACAACACUCACUGCUCUGGCACAGAGAUGGUUUUGGAGCCGUUACUCAGAGAGAGGGGCUUUGGCGUUGCUGAAGGACGUCCCAAAGAAGAUCUGAAGAACAUGGCCAACGCUGCCGGCCAGUCAUGUCGUGACUACACUCCUCCAGGAGGAGAGACUUUAGACCAGGUGAGGCUGCGAUUCAAAAAGUUCCUCAAAGUCCUUUUCAAGCAAAUGUUGGAUGAGCACGGCUGGUCAAGGCCAGACGCCUCCGCAUCAGGAGCAUCAGAAGCUGGAGGCUCUGCAAGCGGGACUACAGCUGCUGCUGCUGCUGCUGCUGCCUCAGACGUCGCUCUGGGCGGUUCGGCUGACGACGGUCUCCAGGGAGUGUCGGUCCAUGCUCUGGCUGUGAGCCACGGCGCUUACAUCCGCGUAGCCAUCAAGCACCUUGUAGAGGACUUAAACUGCUCUCUGCCUGCAGGGGUGAAGAUGUCCCAUCUGUUUUCACCCUGUCCAAACACGGGCGUCAACCGCUUCAUUCUCACUCUGAGGCAGUCCGAGUCUGGCCCGGUCCUCUCUGCUGCUCGCUGCGUCUUUACCAACAGGAAGGAUCACCUGGUGAACCUCACAGCUGCUGAAUAGAAAUGAGAUGGAAGCUUUAACGCACAGAGUACUGUUAGUGUGCAUAUGUGCACAAUCUCUGACGGGUACAAUCAUGAACACAAAGGGAAAUAAGAGGCAAAGACCUCAAAGUUACCACAGGUAACUAUGAAACGCACAUGGUAAAUGGAGUUUACUCAACAAGAGUGUUUUACUGUCAAAAUAACUGUGCAGUACUGUAUGAUAAACCAUUUCUUCAACCUCCAAACUGUAGGCCAGUAAACACUCCUGUCAUACUACAUUUUUAAUUUAACUGUUCAUUUUAGUGCCUCUUUUAUCACCUCAUACCAAAGUCAGAACUAUUUAAUGUAAAUUAUUGAACACUGUCCGUAGGUGUGGCAUUUCGUCUGCUGUGUGGCUGCUCAUUUGACUUGUGCAAUACAACAUACAACACUGA